UGGCCCGAUACCGAUACUGGCAUCGGGUAUCGGGUCGAUACUGUCCUCAUAUACUCGUACUCAUAAAAAUGAGCCGAUACCACGCACCGAUACCACGUGCGUUUUGUGAAACGAAACUGGCCGCUGCGAGCCACCGCUUUGUCUAGGUGAACGCCAUAUGAAUGUAAAAUGUCGGCGGUUUGGGCUCAUUUCAAGAUAAGGGAUGAUGGCAGCAGCAAGGCAGACUGUAAGUUAUGUUCAGCUAAAGUGUCAAGAGAAGGAAAAGAAAGUACAUCGUUUAACACCAGCAAUCUAAUUAAACAUCUGAAGACGCAUCAUAGUGCUGAAUACACACAGUUUAGUCAAGCUAAACAAGUAACUCAGCAGCCAACAUUAACACAGGUUUUACAGAAGCGCGAGAAGAUGUCCAGAGAUAAUCCAUGGGCACUAAAAAUAACAGAGGGAAUUGCAUACUUUAUUGCACUUGAUGACCAGCCAUUGUCGGCUGUUGAAAAUAUAGGAUUUCGACAUCUUCUUGGCAUACUGGAGCCACGAUACGAAAUUCCGAGUCGCCAUCACAUUACUACCGCUAUGCUACCGAAAGUGUUUCAUGACGUGAAAAAGCACAUCAGUGGCCUGUUGCGUGACAUUUCGACCGUCAGUUUUACAACAGAUAUUUGGUCAAGCAGUGUCUGCCCAAUGUCUCUGCUCAGUUUAACUGUACAGUGGAUUGAUGACAACUUUACUCUUCGCCACGCCACCUUACAAGCAAAGCCGUUUCGGGGUUCACACACCAGCAAAGCCAUAGCAGACGCGUUCGAUGGGAUGCUUCAGACCUGGUGCAUUCCGAAAACCUCUGUCCACAUUGUGCUACGAGACAACGCUAAAAAUAUGAUUAAGGGCACGAAUGAUGCUGGACUCCCUAGCCUACCUUGUGCCGCUCACACUCUCCAGCUGGUGGUCCACGAAGGACUUUUGUCACAGAGAAGCGUUACUGAUGCAUUAGCUAUCGGACGCAAAAUCGUUGGCCAUUUUAAAAAUUCUCCCCUAGCCUACUCCUGCCUUGAAGACAUUCAGUUAGAGAUCGGUCAGCCUGCAAAACGACUACAGCAGGACGUACAGACCCGCUGGAACAGUACAUUUUACAUGAUCCAGUCCCUGAUUGAGCAGAAACGGGCUUUAGGAGUUUUUGUGUCCGAACAUGAACUCCCUGAUAAUCUCACGGCUCACCAGUGGGCACUGCUGGAGAAGGUUGUAACGGUUCUGGGUCCGUUUGAGGAGUUAACACGAAAAGUUAGCUCUUCUGAAGCCAUGGCAGCAGAUGUGAUUCCUGCUGUCACUGUAUUGCAGCGAUUUCUGUCUAGAGAGGCUGACGAUGACCAUGGCAUCAAAACUAUGAAAGUGACUUUAGCUGCAGCUGUCAGGAGGCGAUUUUCUGAUGUGGAAGAACAACCCCUCUACAGCAACGCUACUCUACUCGACCCCAGGUAUAAAAAUCUUUUUUUCUUUAACACCAACACUGCUGCAAAUGCCAAGGAGAUGCUGAUGCGUGAGCUGUUGAGGUCGUCUAGAGAAGAGGAGAAUCAUGACCUGCACAAACCUCCUGCCAGAAAACCACGCAGGGACCAGCAGCCUGGACAGUAUAUUUGAUGAAAUAGCAGAUGAGCAAGCACCAGUCUCUCUAAACAGAGCUCAAGUAGGUUCUACUGCACAAUUAGAGACAUACCUAGGGGAGACCACAAUUUCUCGAGAAGGCAAACCACUACAAUACUGGGCAGUUAACAAAGUGCGGUUCCCUACUCUGGCCAAAAUGGCAUCCAGAUACCUCUCAGCACCAUGCAGUAGUGUUGACAGUGAAAGGCUGUUCAGCUCAGUGUCACAUAUUGUGAAUGACGACAGAAACAGAAUCACAGCUGAUCAUGCAGAGAUGAUUUUGUUCAUCAAAAAGAACCUGCCUCUCAUUCCCCCAAAAAGUACCUAAGCUAGUUCAGAUCACAUUGCUGACUGAAAUGUUUGUUUAAUUGAAACAAGGGAGCUGUCACUGUGCCACAUAGUUUAAUUGUUGUUUAAUUGAAAUAUGCAGUAGUUUAAUU